CAUGGUUGCAGGCCCGAUCGGCGCAAGCGCUGUUUCGAAUGUUUCUCCCUGAACCAAAAUGGCGACUCCUUGGUAACCAGGGAUCCGCGGGCACGCCAUAGUAACGCCGCCCGCUGGCACCAUGAAGUCCAGCAAGGCGAAAACCAAAGAUGAUACUUGGAAGUCAGAUGAGCUGCUCAAGCAUAUCAAAGCGGCUCAGGGAGAUUAUACAGAUGACAGCAGUAAAAAGAGCAGAGAAAAGAAAAGACUUAAGGAUGAAGAACCUACUGGGUACUCUGACUCCAGAGAGCGUAGACACAAGGGAAGGGAACGAGAUAAGGAAAGGGAGCAGGAUAAGGACAGACCGAGGAACAGAGGCAAGGAAAGGGAUGGAGACCAAAAAGAAGAAAGAGAGUAUGAAAAAGUACGGAAGAAAGUGAAGAAUGACGAAAAGUAUAAAGAAAGAGAAAAAAAACCAGAAAAAGAAAGAGAGAGAUAUAAAGACAGAGAUAAAGAGAAGAUCCCAGUAUGGGACCAAGACCUAGGAUAUGAUGUAGAUUCAAGAGGUCAUGACAAAGAGAAACAAUGGGAUUCUUAUGCACAGAGACCGACAAAACGAGAACAUGAAUCUGAGAGACACCGAGAUAAGGAAAGAGACCGGAGAAAAGAAAGAGAGAAACUCCAGGAAAAAGAGAUAGGAAAAGAUGAAAUUGGUGACCAGCGAUCUAAACAUCGUCAGAAAAAAGAUAAAGAAAAUUUGGAAUUUAAAAUGGAUGACAGAUAUGAGCGAAAAGAAAGAAAACAUCGAGAGCGAAAAGAAAAGGAAGGGAGAAGUACUGAAAAUUUUGAAGACAGCAAAGAGAAGAAAAGAAGGUCUUCUGAAUUUCGAGAUGAAGAUUUUGAUCGACAUUACAAGGAAUAUGGAUCUCAUGAUGGACAUCGUGAAAAACGACAUAAAGAAAGAAAAGACCUUGGUCCGAAAACAGGGGUUGAAGAAAUGGACAGGAAACAUAGAGUCAGAAAAGAGAGAGAAUACAAAGAGGAUGGGAAGAAACAACGGUAUAAAGAUACAAAAAAUUCUACCCUGGAAUAUAGGGACAGAGAGCGAGAACACAAAGACCGAGAAAAAAGAGAUUGGGAAAGAAAAGAGGAUCGAGAGCGAAAACAUAAACACAAAGUAAAGAAAGAAAAUGAGGAAAAAGUGGAUUAUAAAGGGGAUUACAAUGAGGAACAAAAUGGCAAAAGGAAAAAAGAACGGAAAUUUGUGCAAGAAACCACAAAUGAUAGCAGAAGGAAAGGGAGUACGUCAGAACAAAUCGAUAGUCAAAAGAAAGCAAACGAAACUCUUGCGGAAGAGUUUGUUGAAAGAGAAGAAAUUGCCAUGGAUAGCCAGUCCCCUAUUGAAUCGUCAAACUAUGAUGAUGAUUUUGAGGACUACGAGGAUGACUUUGAGGAAGAGGAAUGUGAAGAUGAAGAGGUACAGCAUGAAAGAGAGGAAAUUCCAGCACAUCAGCGUGCUGAAAUUGAAGCAAUUCAAAAGGCCAUAACAGCAGAAAAUGACCAGGUCAGAGAAAAAUGCCCUGGAAGUCACAGAAAAACCUGCGAGGAAGAUCCAAAUAGAGAUUUUGGAAACUCUCCAACCAUAGGACCUGUCCGAGGAGCAUUCAUAGAUUUUGGGGCAGCCAAGCAGCGUGAGAUCAGUUCAAACAUGGCUAGUAAACAAAAAAAGCGCAGUGCGGAGUUGCUCCGACUGAUUGACUUGGAUUUCUCAGUUAGCUUUUCCAUGCUUGAUCUGCCUCCAUUGAAUGAGUACGAUGUCUAUAUCAAGAAUUUUGGACGCACAAACACCAAACAGGCUUUUGUUCAGUGCAAUGAAGACAAUGUGGACCGAGACAUUCAAACAGAUGAAAUUGAAACUGUUGAAAAGUGGACACAGCAUCCUGGAGAGGGUAACUUGCUGUGUGGGGGUGCUAAUGUUAAAGAUGCUUUGUCCUUGGAUUCAAUGGCCAAAAAUGUUGACUCUCGGAGACUGACUGACUUCCUGAAAUCUGCUUGUCAGGUAAUCUCCGUGUUACUUGAAGAAGAUGAGGCAGAAGACCACGCCAGUCAGAAUGUACCGUCAAAAGCAGCCAGUUUGUCUGUCAGUGAUGGAUGUGCUCAACUGAAUGUCAACUUGCCAUUUUUACAUGGUCGUGAGAUAUUAUGUCUACAUUUUUCACAAGUCCAGAGACAAACUCUGCUUUCAGUCCAUAGUCUUCCUAAAGAGCCUGGGGUUGUCCAACUUGCUAGCAAUUACAUGAUUUGCGUCUGGAAUAUCUGGGAACCAUCAGCACCUCAGAAAAUCCUUGUCUGUGAGUCUGAGGUACAAUGCUGCUGUUUUGGCCCAAGUAAUGUGGUAUCUGUGUUUGCUGGAACAGUAGAUGGUUCAGUCAUAGCUUGGGAUCUUCGUGAACAUUCCACUAUGCAUUAUGCUCUUCAGAUUGGGGGCCAAGAGUGGAUUCUUAGAACUCCAACAUUCUCAACUGAUGGUGUUCUCACAGCUGUCAAUCAUUCCUGUGCAGUGAAAGCUGUUUAUCCGGUGUCAUCUGCUUGCUUUGAUAAUCAUGAUGUUGGGCUUUCACUCUUUUCAUCCCAGAAAGGAAGUUCAGGCCUGUCAUUUCAACUUGCAACGCUGGAUGAAGGUGGUUUGCUUAAUCUGUGGGUGGUGGUUGAACUCCAAAAGGCAGAUCUAGCUGGCUCUUUAACUGAUUUGGGCCUUAUUCCUGGUGGGAAGAUAAAGUUGAUCCACAGCUCUUCUAUUGAGGUGAACAGCUUUCUCCCAAGAAAUCUUAUGCAGCAAGGACCUCCUCGGACUCUGAGUAUCAGGUUUCUGCCUUCUGAUCCUAAUCAUUUCUUUAUUGGAACAGAUACUGGUCUUGUGAGUCAUGGUACACGUCAUGGCUUGCAAGCAGCGCCAAAGCUGUACAGAUUUCAAAUAAACGGUUCCAGACCAGUUCAAGUCACGUGUAUUGAUUUCUGUCAUUUUGGCAAAACACUAUUCCUGGUUGGGUGCUCAGAUGGAACAAUUAGACUGCACUCAGUGACAACCGAGCUCCCUGUUAUUCAGUGGAAUGAAAGCACUCAGGGUCGAUCAAUCCAGGCUGUAUUAUGGGCAUUAACUCGACCCAGCAUGUUUUUCGUUCUUGACGCGUCAUCUCGUAUUUACGUAUGGGACUUACUGCAAAAUGUUUCCCAACCUGUUGCAGAGGAGAGCCUUCAGUCUGAUAGGAUAACAGCUAUAGCUAUUCUUGGUGAUCCAGAGAAACCAAGUGCAUCUUCAGGCCUCAUGUUGGCAAAGCAGUCUGGAGGAAUUGAGAUUCAGUAUCUAAUGAAGCAAUGGUCAGAGCCUCAUCUAAAUGAAUUGGAAACAUUGCACUAUAUUCUGCAGAAAACUGCAUAGAAUUGUGUACAGACUCUGAACAGAACUCUGCGAGUUCAUCAACUUGUCCAUGAUAAUGAGUUUGUAAAUGUCCUAUUUUUUUCUACCGUCAGCUUUUUUGUAAAAGUUAUUUAUAAAAUCUCAUUAUAUAUUAAUUAGAGUACAUCAGACAUAUAAAGUAUUUACAA